AAAGGACGGGCGGCGAGGGGGCGGGGCUGCGCGAAGCCAUGUGGACGCCGGCGUAGCGCAGCGCGCGGUCGCUAUGGCGGAGCUGCAGCAGCUCCGGGUGCAGGAGGCGGUGGACUCCAUGGUGAAGAGUGUGGAGAGAGAGAACAUCCGGAAGAUGCAGGGCCUCAUGUUCCGGUGCAGUGCCAGCUGCUGUGAGGAUAACCAGGCGUCCAUGCAGCAGGUGCACCAGUGCAUCGAGCGCUGCCACGCACCUCUAGCUCAGGCCCAGGCCUUGGUGACCAAUGAGCUGGAAAAGUUCCAGGACCGCCUGGCCCGGUGCACGAUGCAUUGCAAUGACAAAGCCAAAGAUUCAAUGGAUGCAGGGAAUAAGGAGCCUCAGGUGAAACGGCAGCUGGACAGUUGUGUGGCUAAAUGUGUAGAUGACCACAUGAACCUCAUUCCAACUAUGACCAAGAGGAUGAAGGAAUCCCUCUCGUCUAUUGGGAAAUAAAAAAAAGUCUUUGCCAGUGGCCAUUGGGACUGAGGAUGGCAGUGUGUUUCAAAAGAAUGGAAAUCUAAGUUUUUUAAGUAAAAUUUAUGAAUGAAGAAACUUAAGGAUAACAGCACGUUUAAGAUAUAUUUCACUGCUGGGGAUUUAGCUCAGCGACAUAAGCACCUGCCUUGCAAGCAGGCAGUUGUGAGUUCGAUCCCUGGUACCAAUAAAAAAAAAAAAAGACAUACUUCACUUGCGUCUGGACCCUGGUUCCUCUAUGUUUGGAUGCUGGAAAGUGAAAUGAAAAAAUAAAAAACUGGUGCUAAAAUUCGGGUCAAAAAUUGCAUUAAAAAGUGUUUUAGAGCCUAAAUUUUAUGUGGCAAGACCUUAUCCUGGCAGUAGAGAUCUCCCUCAUACCAAUCAAGAACCUUACAAGGUACCAGAGUUCUCUCAGUCCACAGGUAGCCGCAGCCUGGCAGGUUCCUCUAUCUGCCUAUGACCUGGUGGAGUUGCAAGAGAGAUGUCUAUAGCCAACCUCCUGUUUACCACACUGUUUUCUCUAAGCCAUGAAAAACAAAAUUCAGACAACUAACUUAUAUGCUUGUAAUCCUAGCAUCUGGGAGGCUGAGGCAAGAGGAUUGCUGUGAGUUUGAGGCCAGCCCGAACUGCAUAGUAAAACCCAGGGUUGGGGGGAGAAUAUUUUGCUUGAUUUAGAGGUGCAAAGGCAUGAAUUGGAUUUAAGAUGCAUUGAGAGGGAGAGAGAGAGGGUAAGAGCUCUGAAAAGCUCCGUAUAUCCUUUUUUAGCUGUCAAGAAAUGGGUGUGCUUGUCUUAACGGUUAUUAGCUGUAUCUUUCAACCCAGAGACAACUGCCAUCAUGAGGGUCAGUGUCACUUCAUGGGAAGCAGGGCUUCAUUUGCUGGCUGAUGGACCCUUGGGCUUUUUGCUGCAGUUUGCUGCAGUACAAUCUUACAGUGACUUUUCUCCUGAAGAUUAAGCAACAUUGGAACUGUUGGCUAGGUAAGAGAUUUGUGAACUACUGAACUUGGAGAAACUGGUUUCUAUAGAACAGAAUGGAAUAAAAGCCUAAACCCAGCAUUGUUUUCUUAGCCUCCUGAAUUAACGGCCUUAGUGAGAUAAUCCCCUGGCAACAGGAAAGUCAAAAAUUAAGCAAGUUGAGUUGUGAUUUCCUUUACCAAAUACCAUUUUUACCUGGGGCUUUUGCAAUGCACAGUGUCCCUGCCCCAGCAUGGCAUCUUAUAUUUUGAAUAAGGGAUGUGUUACCUUUUUACCAAUUUAUUACUUGAAAUGGUAAUAUAGCCUGUCUGUUGCAGUAUCAAGGCUGUGAUAUAUUUUCCUAUUGGUUUGGUCUCACAAUAAAAAACUUCAUUGUAUCUUCA